GGCCACAUUCCCAUCACAAUUCAUACAAACAAACCUUCAUAGCUUCAUUUUCCAUUAUUUAGCUCUAUUUCAAGCUUAAAAACCAAAACCAUGGUUGCCAUCACUUAUGAUAUGGAGGUCACUUCCUCAGUCCCAGCUGCAAAGAUGUUCAAAGCCAUGGUGCUCGACGCUGACACUCUCAUUCCCAAGAUCAUGCCUCAGGCCAUCAAGAACGUGGAGAUCGUGGAAGGAGAUGGUGGCGUUGGCACCGUGAAGAUCAUUCAUUUCGGUGAAGGGAGCCAGUAUAAGAGCGCUAAGCACCGUGUGGAGGCUAUUGACAAGGAGAACUUGACACACACCUACAGCAUCAUCGAUGGCGAUGCUCUUGUAGGUGUCCUCGAAUCCAUCACUUAUCAUAUCAAGAUCGUCCCAACGGAGGACGGAGGAUGCAUCUGCAAGAACAGAAGCAUUUACAACACCAAAGACGAGGUCGAGAUUGAUGAGGAGAAGAUAAAGGAAGGGAAAGAGAAGGCCAUGGCUAUGUUCAAGGCCAUUGAGGCAUAUGUUCAAGCCAAUCCUGAUGCCUAAGUGUCAACUGCAAUUUUCCCUCAUUUGUUUUAUUCCCUUUUAAUGCUGAAGUUUGUGUUUGUUCAAUUUUUUUUGUUCUGUUUUUGUAAUGUUUUUAUUUUCUUGAAUUUCAAGUUAAUGAAUUUGAUUUUUAUGAUGCAGAAUUGCAAGUUUGCAAUAGAAAGUGAUAAUAUCUCUCCAUGUCAUAUUCUUCUGAAAAACAAAAUAGCAGAUUGGUAGUUAAUGUACAUGAAAUCAACUAUU